AUGCCGCCUCAGAGCCGGAAGGAGACUGGAUCGAAGGGCCAGCCGAAGGGUGCUGGGAAAACCAAAGCUGCGGCGCCCUUGCUGUCAGCUGUGCGGUUCGUGCCACCUGCGAGUGUGGUUUCGGCCCUCCAAGCACGUGCUGGCAGGGCUCAAAAUGCUGUGCUAGCUGCCGAAGAACAACAUGCUGGCAAGCGUACCUUGGCACAGGAAGCCAACUGGCUGGCGACGCAAGUUGCCAAAACUACCAAGAGACUGGAAGCAGACCUUCGUGCGAAGCAGGACUUGGGCGAAGCGGCUCUCCAAUGGCACUCCCAGCUCGCAGAGCACCUAUCCACCAAUUAUGCGGAGGUGGAGCGCUUGGCGGGACAAUUGGAUGCGGAUGUCAAAGAAGCCCUGGAGAUACUAACGCCUUUGGUCUCCACUACGACCUCGGAUGCCACCCAGGUUCUGCUGCACAAAGGUGCACAGAAUGCAGGGCCUAUCUGGCCACCCCAAGUGACUGGCUUGCUCGAGAUGGCGGCCAACGCUCUUCGGGCUGUAGCUGCACUGGAUCCACUGGGACACAACCGCGCUCCGGCAGUUGGCGGUGGGGUGCCUUCAGUCCCGACUCAGACGCAGGGGAUUGGUGGCCACCAUGCCAGACGACAACCACCAGGUCUCGACGGGGGCAUUUUCCCUGGCGCUAUGCUGACCUCGGGUUCCCCAACGAUGGUAACAGAAAGCCACAGAGCCCAGCCUCCUCCUGUCUCUGGGAACCGUUGGACAAAACGCUCGCAGCCCUUGCUCGAGGAGGACAAACGGCCGGUGAAGAGUCCCAGGCUGACAUCUAUGGGCACAGGGACGCGAGGCCAGACCGACACAGCCAUGGCAAGCACGCAAGAUCACGGGCCACUGGCUGGAACGCCGGAGGCUGUGCCAUGGCCGCAGGAAAGCACCGGCAGAACCCCCACCCGUCCCUCACGCCCAACCUCGUCCUGGAUGGCACCUGCCCAUUCUGCACCGGUGGAGCUGGAUGGAUCCGAUGGUUUCAGCGAGCCAAUGUCCUUUCUUGGGGGAGAGGAGAUGGAAGCCCCCCUUUCAGCGGUCGAGGAAGACUGGCAGCAAUGGCAACUGAGUUGGAUCACGGCAUGGAAUACGUCGGUGGGGCAACUUAUGGACAUGUGUGGAGCUGCUGCCACUGCGGCUCAAAGCAAUCCGGUGUUGCAGGAGGUGCUUCCCGAGCCACCGCACAUGGACACCGAAGAGGUCCGCAACCAAUGUCAGAGCACGCUGCGGAGCUUGCAGCAACACCCCUGGGCAUGCGGACCAGAGAUUGCGACUGUGGUAGAGGACCUGAUGCGCUGCUACUCGUGCCUAAAAAGCUGCCCAGCCGCUGUUCCGGACUGUCCCCAAGCUGUGCUCCUCCUAGGCCACAUUCUUCAUGCUGCGGUUCAGGACGUCAUGUCAUACACGCCACAAUGCACAGAAGAAUGGUUGUUCCCACAGCUGGUUCUCGGGAAGCACCCCGACUUAGCGGCACGCCUGGGUGCCAGCACCCCAGCCCUUCCGCAUCACGCCCUGCUGCAAACGUGCGCCUGUUGCAUUGCCGUUCAAGGCACGGAAUUUCUCUUGGCGGCACUGUCUGCUGGAGUCCUCUUGGGUUGCGUGUGGACUACCCUUGCCGAUCCACCCCAUUUCAAGCCCCUUGGUCAGAUGGCAUACGACUUGCCCAGUGAGCACCAGGUCCUAGGUCUGCUUUUAGCUGCCAUGGGAUGUGGGCUGGCCCUUGCACCCUGCCUCUUGAUGGUUGUGGUAGCCUGGCUCCCGAUAGGAGUUUUCCUCCUAGGCCUCCUUUCACCUGCCCUGCCGCCCCAACAUACACGGCGAGAGCCUUGGUGCAGGAAUAAGAGAACGAGGGAGACUGCGGUAAAACAGAUGAAGGGGUGCUUCUUUCUCUGUCUGCUGUUCUCACCGGUUGGAGCAUCAGGUCUGCCUAAAAUCCAUAAUCCUGAACACGUCAGACAGGAGGAGGGCGUUGUAUCGAUGCCCGACAACAAUGAGGCCGAUGACUCUUUCAUGAUGCAGGUAGCGGGCCAGGCCCAUUUCAACAGAAUUCCGGCUUGGUCCCUCAGUCGAGUCCCACGCAUUCGAAUACGGCGUGAGCUGCACCCUUUGGAAGAGGUCGGUGCCCGGCCUCUAGCGAUGCAGGAAUUGUGCACGGCAACCUAUACACGGAAGCUUGCCGUGUUCCAUGGGGGAGUGGUUGAAGGCCCCGAGCCUAUCCUCUUCAGAGUUGACAGCCGCCUUUUCCGACCCGCACUUGAUGAAGCCAUUGUGCAGGCCCUCGGCAUCUCAGCAGAUGCAGUCGACGUGUUGAUGCUGGCCUCGCCGUUUGACUCUGUCACUCGCGAGCAGUAUGUACUCCGGCCCCGCGCCUUCCCUUGGUAUGCGCAAGCCGUUCCUGUCCUGGUGCGAGGCGAGCUUGACAGCUUCCAUGUGCUACAAGCAGCAAGGGAUGAACAGUGCCACGAUCUCGUCGCAGCGGCAGCGCUGCUCACUCAGAUGCAGUCCAUCCCGGAAGCUGAGCAGUGUCAGUGCGUGGAGGGUACUUUUGUGGCCGAUUCCCAACCUCUCUUGCAGCCACGCUGUGACGCGAUUGUUUGGACGCCGAUUGCGCUCAAACAGCGGCUGAUUGAAGCCAGUGCCCACUCCCCUUAUGCGGACAUGCGCAGCAAUCAGGGCCCCCCCAGCCAGAACCUCCUGUCCUGCGUUAUCAUCACUGCUAAUGGUAUCAUACAUGCACUCACGCCGGCCUUUGCUCCUGAUAGCGAGACCUUCCGCUUCCUGCGUGGCGAAUUCCCUGAGCUCGCUUCCCUGACUAUGCGCCGCAUGCGGUAUGCGCUUACUGACCUGCCGCCGACGCAGUUCCUAGCCUUCCGCCGUGAGGAACUCGGAAGGCAUUCCUUGGUAGUUGACCUCCGUGCAUUGGACCUUGGACUGCUUACUCUCACAGUACCCAGAUACAUAUCGUGCAGCCAAAUCCUCGACGUCACUGCGAGAGACCAUGCUCGCAUCCUGGACACGGCAGCCAUGCAUGAACAUGUGAUGUCUGGAGAUUAUAUCUGUUUGCUCCAUGAUCAAGCCGUCGGGCCUGAUGUCAUGCUUGACGUGGCUGGCUUUGAUCUGCUACGAGCUUAUCGACACACACUAGUCGAGGUGCCCAUUGGGAGUGACUCUGAAAAUGCUGCCUCGCGGGGAGCCUCCUUGGCAAAAGCCCUACUCAUUGCAGCAGCGCCGCUACGGGGACCUGUCGGCUCUAUGUGCCUACUGCUUGUGGUAGGUGCCAGCCAAGCACUUGCAGGACGCGCUGCUAGUGCCCCACCACAUCGCAGUGGACGGUUACAGCGGGUGCCAGCUCCCCCCUGCAACCUGCCCAACAAGGCCUCGCAGGCCACCCAUGCGGCAAUUCAGCGAGAGCUGCUGGCCUCUGGCAGGCUUCUCACGCCCGUUAUCAGUCCUAGCCCCCUCGGCAAUGACGACCCACGUGAAGUCACAUUCAAGCUGUGGCACCCAGGGAGGGUCCUUACCCGGUGCUACCCGGCGCAAUGGCCGUGGUUUGAUGUGCACGCUGACCUCCUUGAGACUGUAUCCGCCCUAGGCAGGUAUGUCGUCCUGCCUGCUGCCGCGACACCGGACCAUAGAGCUGUGCAUAUGGUCGCUAUCUCCAGUGCAGACACGCAUAGCACCAUUCUGGUGGCACGGGCAGGAUCGUGGAAAUGCCUCGAUGUUGACUGGCGCAAUCCUGCAGCUGAUAUUCAUGCAUGGGUGGAAAGCUCGGAUGGUACCCAUUCCUACCGCAUUGACUGUGCGCACCGGGGGCGCAUGCGGCAUGGCGAUGUCUGCGUGGUUGUUGAUACCUUUCAAUCAGCUUCACCCACACUUCUGGAUAUUAGCACUCUCUCUCUGACGAUGCCAGUAGGGUGCUCUUGGACGCGCACUAUAGGCAGGCAGGUCUUUCCCUUGCUGCAAGCCGGCCAACCACAUCUUUGGCUGCCACGCGUACAAGGCGUGACAGCACGUGACACUGCCAUGGAUAUGCUGCACACUCUUCGGUCGCCAAACCCCGAAACUACCCAUCUGCUCGAUGUGCCGCCAUAUCUUUUAGGCCUUCCGGGUCCUAUUCUUCUCGCGGCCCCUAGAGGUGGGAUGUGCACCCUUGUCUGGUUGCAUGACUGUCACGAAUGUGUUCCACACGGUGUGGCAUUCGCCGUGGAAGGGGUGUUCCCAAACCGCGCUGACCUUCUCUACGCGCUGCGUGAGCUACCGGGAGCCACGGCUACAAUAUGGCUCCGGGCAACGGAAAUGUUUCUCCUUUGGGGGCCCUCCGAAUCCUUGCACUCUGCCGAUAAUGAGGCUGUUGUAGCUGAGAUUGUGACAGCUAGCGUUGACAUGCGACUGCUGCUGUCGCAUAGCCGCACAGACUCCCUCUCUUCUGCGCCACACAUGGGAGCGCAGGGGAUGGCAUCCAUGCCGGGUCCCCAGGAAGCCAGGAGUAGUCAGAUUUCUUCCCUGGAUUCCUCGCUCGCUGACCCAUGCAUCCCGACCCUGGGUAUCCCCGACGAAGGCACCUUGCAUGUUGUGUACUGUGGUUCGAUCCAGACCAGCUGUGUGGUACCCUGUCCUAGCCGGAGGAUGCCAUGGGCUCUCAUCAUUGGAGAUGAAAUUAGGACGGCCUGUACUGAUCAAACCUCCUGGGCUGAGGUAGCCACCGUAGCAGAUCUCUCAGUCUUGGACUUGCAAGGGGUGGCCGUUGUCCUUGAUGGGUUCCGCUGGAUGUGGCCAGAACCCAUUACUCAUCUUGGGCACGCCUGCGGCACGCUUCUCCGGCGCACUCCGAACAAGGAUUCCCGCUGCUAUGUGGAGAGUGAGCACACUCUUCCGCCCUCACCGCUGCAAGCAAGGAGCUCAUGCGGUGGCAUGAGGCUUGCUAAGUGGGCUCAACUAGUUGCUUGGACUGCUAGUGCACCUUGCACCGGCCGUUGGCUACCUAUUGCACUUCUUGUCAACGCUGCUAUGGCCAUGGUAGUGCCAGUCGACCCUACUGCUGCACGUCCGCCUCUCAUGUGUGUCCCUCCUCCUGGGUUCCUCCUUUUCGUUGAUGUGCUUAACUGCUUCCUCCAGCACCCACCGGCAGAGGGUACCCUCUUGCGGAUAUGGCGCCCCUGUAGGGGUCCGGCCGUUUACCAGCUCCGACAACAAGUUGACCUUGACAAUCUGAGUACCUGGUUGCGUGAGCAGGGAUGCCGGCCUACCCGUGAUGUGUUCCACCUCGCGCAUGACUCUGGCCCAGAUGCCAUUGACUUGCUUUGCACCCCGCCGGCCUCUGGAGCUUGGUGGAUAUUGCGAGAUGGCAGUCACCGUGAGCUGCUCAGACCCGUCUGUCAGCUGCCGGACAUCUCGGAACAAUUGGUCACGAUUGAUGAAGGAGGUCAGGCACAUCGUCUGAUUUGCGGAGGUCAGGCCGACCUCCGGCCAGAGCUUCUCCCGGGUAAGCGGGCAGCGAUUGGACGCAGCGUCCCUAACUGGUAUGGCGCCUUAGCUGGCACUGGACUGAUGAUGUUUUCGACGUCUGCUUGCUGGCGCUUGGCGCCGGUCAUGCUGGCCACUAUCAUAGUCGUGCAGCCUGUGAGCGGGCAGACUAUUCCAGCCAGUCAUCCCCGCAGAGUCUGGACCUUCGGACUGCCUGAGCCUGUGGACCUUCCGACGACAGCACGGACGGUCACAGAUGCUCGUCUAGUUCUUGUUCGGGCCCAUCUCCCUAGGCAGCUUGAUAAUGAUGGGAAGCUUCUGGAAGUCUCCCCCCCCCUGAUACAAGGGGUUCAGCACUGGCUAUAUGUGCCUAGGACUAGAGUGGGGACAUACACUUACUUGCUCAUGCAGUGGCAUAGGCAGGCGGCAGUCUUCGAGAGUCGGUCUAACCCAUUGGACUGGGAUGCCCUGUUCCAGUGGGCCACAUCUGUCUUCACCCUAGAACAGCCGCUUGCACAAAAGUUUGUCCUGGUCCUCGACAAACAGAUUUUUCGUUUCGGCACCAUCGUGAGUGGUCUCCGACACGGACAGCUUCUGGCAAUUGGGGAGCAUACACCAUCGCGCAGCCCGAUGCGCUACCUCAAUCCCUGGGGUGAAGAAGAAGAACUGCCUGAGAUUGUCCGCAGUGACUGGGGAGACACUCUCCUCACUGGGCCCGGUGGCCAGAUUUCUCUGCGCCCGGAAGGACCGGCUUUCCUGACGGCCACGGCGGGACGAAGUGAGGCUACAUCCCCGGCAGUCGCACACAGCUCUUGUCAAACUCCCCUCUCGCUGCCCCCUAAUAACACCUCUCUUCUCGCUUGGGAGGCGGCUACCCACCAGCUUGGGGAAGUUCUACGACUGCUGCGACCGCGGACCCAGGGCUACGCAUUCCACCCUCAAUGUAGCGCAGAGAGCGGAGUGCCUGUCAGCACGACAACCCUGGGCAUCUCUCCACAAGGCCCGGUCACCCUGCCAGACGGGGCUGAACAUGGAAGCAGCGCUCGGUCGGAACCUCAGGCCUCUGCAGGGUAUCGUACCCCGCUACUUCUCCUCUCACUGGUGCACCGGCGUGGCCUUUGGGUGAUGCUUCUUCUCGGUAACCUCCUGACCUGUGGGGUAGAAGCGCCGCCGGCACCUGUCGGAGUAGAACAGGCUCUCGUUAGUGCUACAGGAGCAUCGAGUCCAGGGGGGGGGCAUACCGAACACGCCCAUUGCAAUGUCACGCUACCGCUGUACGGCAAUACCCUGUCAUGGUCCGUGAGGGAUGCCUCCCCAGAGCAGCACGGAGCCCUGCAGGCUCAGCUCAGUACUGUGUGGCAGGCUCGAGCUGGAGGCAGACGCGUCGAGGAAUCACCCUCCUGGCAGAGGACUGCAGGGAAGUUCCUCAUUCACUCCCCGGCUGUGCCAAGGCAGCCGCUAACAGGUCGGUUUCUGCUCACCGAAGAUUGUCUUAAUGAGCUAUAUGACAUCUCCGAAAUUUGGAGAAGACAAGCCCAGGUCGAUGCUGUCAUACCGUUGUCACCACAGCCCACCCGAAGCGCCAUCCACCUGACUACCUGUGAGCCGGAGUCCGACCGAGCGUCUGUUGUGUUAUGGUGGGAUGGGAUGUUGUGGCCAAGGAAGCUCCCCAGACAAUGCCCCGCUGAAUGGCUACGCAACUACUGCAUCCUUGGUACGGUGGGCCUCAUCCCGCCCCCUGUGGGCGUACAGGCUCAACCCACUGUGCCUUUCAGAGACGGAGACUGCGUCCCCUUUUGGGUCUGUCCACAGGCUCAGCUUGAAGACAUUGAGAUCUCCCUAGCUGGCUGUCCCCGGAGCCUAAGGCUUUCUUGGGUUCUCCAGCUACUUCUAGCUUGCCCACGAGGCUACCUCUGUGCCUUGUUCAUUCUUGCGGUGGGGCUACCUGGCCCUGCCGGGGCGAUGAUGACCAGUCAAAACCUAGCUCCAGAACACGUCCCCCACAUGUCUUGUUGGCGACACGGCAAUACCAGGGACCUGGAUAAAGCCCGCGGGGGCUUUCCGAAUCACAGAGCACUCUCCAUGGAAAUUUUAAGGACGCAGGCGCCAAGCGCUGCCACACAUCUGGUAUGGCGACGCAACAGCCUGGCCAUGUGCCUACGCAUGUGUUCAUGCACCCCGCCUGCUGUGGCGGAGAUGGCCCUUCUGGCCGGGCUGCCUUCUUCUUGCCAUAGCUCUGUUGUGUUGGAUGGCGCGCCACCUGACAUUGAAGCUGUCCAUUGGAAAUUAGUCCCAGAAACUGAUGCCUCACCUUCACGGCACUUGGGCCGGUGGCUGUUCAGCAUUGCCUUGGGGGUCUCAUCGGGUUGGAGGGUCUCCCUCCUUUCAAGUGUGAUCGUUAUGCACUUAACCCCUACACUAGUCAGGCCCAUGACGCUUCGCCAGGCCGCGGAACCUGUUCGGGUAGGGGCAUUUCCAUGGCAUGUGGCCAUCCCUGCGCGGACGGUUAGCAGUCUCUCUGAGACGGGGCCCAUCCUGGUGCACCUGCUCAGCCCCUUUCGGGGCAUGGGGGACACGCACGAAAUUAGCCGAAGCUGCGACUGGUCAUGGCUAGUGCGCCUCUUAUAUGCUGAGGAACCUAGAUGGGGGCACCAACUAGUGCCAGUUUGGCCCAACACUGUCGCCAACACCUUGACCCUCGUCCCAGUUCCACCGGACAACUCCUUGGUUUGUGUGGUUGUGGUGGCGUCAACAUGGAGGCUGAGCCUGUGCAUCCCGCAAGUUGCUCGGCUGGAGUGGGUGCAGGAAGCUAUAAGUCACCGAGCACCGCAGGCCUUUGGGCAGCUCUUUCCACCCCCGCCUCUCGAGGCGCUGCUUGAGCCAAUGCCAUCCUCUGAACUAGAGAGCGAGGUGCAGGCUACACUCCACAUGCGUAGUGGUGACGUUUUCUACGCCUCUCCCCUGGGACAAGCAGGCUCCGCCCGAAGAGGGGGGGAGGUCACGGUGGAAUCCCUCGCCUCCCUCAGACAUGACACUCUUUGGCAACGGUUCUUAGUCAUACCCUUCACCUUUGAAUGCACCAUAUGGCAGCCCGGAAACAGUCCGAGUGUCAUCGAGGUCCCAGCUGGGUCGAGAUGGUUGCCGCACUCCCAGACCUUCGACAGUUUCCCGGAGUUGGGGGCUAGAGGCCAAUGGGUCAUCGCUCCUUGGGCAUGGGGUCAAGGCAUACAUCUGCGGUCAAGGUCGCCCUCCAGGAGCGGUGCCUACCAACCACUGAAGCCACGGGUCGUUGAGGUCGGCUUGGUCCAUCACCCAACCUCGCCUAGAUGGCGUCCUGCCGAACACACGGUCAACUUGGGCGGCUUUCCAUGGAUCCAAACACUGUGCCCCGUUAUGGGGGCGGCGGCUCCUUUGCGGCCACAUCCGCAUAUGCCACAGCAGGACAUCUACCAACUGGUGCGAGCCACCAUGCAGGACUGGCCGGAACCUCUUGUCCCUGUCUGGCCAGCACUGAGCAUGGGAGCUCUACAUCUCGUACCCUGCCCCCCGCCCCCCCUUCUGUGCGUUGCGGUUGUCAAAGGCGGAGAGGUGCAAGCGCGAUUACUGUUGCGGGAUAUGCCAUGCCGACUAGUUCCUGACGCCCUCGGGAUCGGUACGGACUAUGCAGGGCCCCUCACAGCCGCGCCUUCCUUUCUUUCUUCUUCCAACACCCGUCUCCGACAUGGAGACCUCAUUUGUGCGAGGCCAAUGGCUAACUAUCGGGUCCCUCCGGCCAUGCCCAUACAUCUAACGCCAUCCCAGGCCCGCCACCACGCUCUCUGGCAGCUCCCAUUUGUCAUUUCGCAAACUGGGCGAGUCACCAUGUGGCGCCCAGGAGCACCGGCGCGCACCGUGGACACACCUGUUGGGUUCACGUGGAAGCCUGCUGCCUGUUGCUUCGCGGGCGACUGGGUAGGACAAGGGGAGCAAUGGGCACCUGUGCCAUGGAUCCCCGCACCUGGGCUUCAUCUGUGUUUACGUAGCCCGAGCCAUCUCUAUGCUCAUGUUAUCUUCUGGGGUGCUAGCCCAAUCUGCCAGAGGGUUUCAGUCCGGGCCAUGGACACCCUCGACAACUCCCAUCUGGUGCGCGGGGUCGCCGGGUUGGCUCCGUCUGAAAUCUCACUCCGGGAUGGCGAUAUCAUCGAGCCCUCCGUUCCGUACGCGGGGCAGUCGACUACGGAGUUGCAAGCCCGACCUUUCUGGCUGACUCUGCUUCUUGGUAGGUGGGUUUUAUGCCGUGCUACUGGUGCGCCUUCCGGGUGGAUCGGCAUUGCUGCUGUCCUCUACGUCCUCACGCAAUGCCAAGCUGGGGGUGUGCCCCAUGGCAAGCUUCAGAUCACUGUCCCUUCCGAAGCACAGUGGAGAGGGCAAGGCUACAGGGCUAACCUCUCGGCUGCGGGCCUUGUAGGACCGCUAAGCCGAUGCCAAAGUUCCACCCCAUACGCCUAUUGGGAUGCCAGGCAGAUUUUCACGCAAUGCUGGAGCUGUUACCUCUGCCCUCGCGGAGCACCGGAACUGGUUUGGCGCCAGAGCGAAGAUCGGAUCUGGGAGGCGGACCUUACACCCGUCGGGCAACUACAGGAGUUCCUUUAUGAAUACUGGAUGGCUGAGGACCUGCCACUGGACCUCCCUAGUGCGGUCCGCCCUCACCUGCGGGCUGCGUGGGAUGCAUACCCGAAAUGGACCCAUGGUGUCCCGGAUCAGCUCCUUCUGGCCACGGAUGGGUCGGGGGCCGGUUCUGGGGCCUGGGCUUUCACCGCGUGGGCCGCUUUCCGUGGUUCCUGGUUCAGAGUCGGCUGGGAACAUGGCAAGUUGCACGCAGCUGGGCUCCCAUCUGAGGUUCCCCCCGUUCUACGCUCCUAUGUUGCUGAGCUUAUGGCACUUCAAACAGCAGCUCUUUGGGCAUCCGUAUGGGUGGAUGCCAACCGGGCUGCUUGGGGAGGUGUGCCCUCACGGGUUGUGGCUGCAGUCGACAACCAGGCCGCCCUCAUGGUGGCUGCAGGCCAUGCAACUGCCUCCUCCGUAUGGGCAAAAGAUGCCAGAGUGGCCUGGCAGGCCCUUCAAUCACGGGUUAGCACCGACCUCGUACAUGUGCCAGGUCACGCGGGGUAUAUCGUCAAUGAGCUGGCUGAUAGCUUGGCUGGCCUAGCCGCGGCUGGUGGACCUAGUGGACCGGAUAGGGGCAGAGAGCCCCCCCAGUUUUCGGAUCACUGGGUGAAACACGCCCAGCACCUGUGGCUUGUGCCAUAUGGGACACUACUUACCAGCACUUGCCUCGUUCUUCGUGUCGUGGUUGCGCCUGACCCGCCGCCCAACUCGGGCAUCCCAGACACACCAGGCGAGCCGGAUGUAAGUGAGACGGGGUCCCCCUCGCCGGUUACAAUCUUCUCCCGCGUCAUUCAGGCGAAUGUCCAAACCUUGAAGGAUGUCGUCCCGCAUUUCUUCAAUAAAGCCGGCACAGGACAACGACGGGCCUACUUGGUCAAGCAGUUAGACCAUCUGAAGGUCGACGUCGCCACUCUCCAAGAAUGCCGCUCUCGUGCAGGGAGGUGGAUGUCCGGCAACUUCCUCACGUGGCGCUCCGGCGCGGACAAGGCCGGCCAAUACGGCUGUGAAAUCUGGGUUAGGGACAGCUGGGUGCCCGGCUGCUCAACUCUUGAUGCUUGGACGAUAGUGCACUCUGCCCCCCGCCUGCUGAUCAUCCAAUCAAUGCGGUUACCUGUGCCUAUCUGCAUUCUGUCGGCACAUGCGCCACAUGCAGAUCGCCCCCGUUCCGAAAUUGUGGCCUUCUGGGGUGACUUGCGGACACGCUUGGCUAGAUUGCCCCCUACGGCAGCCAUUUGGCUGGGUCUUGAUGCAAAUGCGGACUUUGCAGUUGCUGAUACGAAUGGCCACAACAUUGGCACCUUGGUUUCCGUUCAUGAGCCUAGAGUUGGGGAUGACAAACUUGCUCACAUUUGUCGAGAAGCGUGCCUGGUCGCAGUGUCUACCUUCUCACAUAUACAUCAAGGGCACACCUGGACGUGGCAGCACUCCAGCGGGCUGCGCAAACGCCUGGAUCACAUCCUGAUUUCCGAAGAAGCUUGGAACAUCUCCAUGACGCGACCGUUUCCGGACUUCGAUGUGCUCCUAGGCCCACGUGACCACAUGCCACUUAUGGCGGAGGGGACCUUGACCCUCGCGGCGCCUACAGUCGAGCGGGCGCCUCGGCUGUGCACACCCACAGAAUGCGCUCGAAUGGCUCCAGCCCUGUGGGGCUCGGUUGGAUCAUGGACGGAGACACUAUCCCUGCCCCCUCAAGUUCAAGUCGAGACAUUUGUUGCGAGAUAUCAGGCUCUCUGCCGACAAUUGCCUCGCAGACCCCGAGCGCAUCCCAAGCAACCCUAUCUCAGUGAGGAGGCUUGGCGACUCCUGUGCUCCCUCAAGCAGCUGAGACAGGACAAGGUCCAGGCCAAGGCCCGAGCUCGGCUAGCAUGGCUGAGACAAUGUUGGCAGGCGUGGAAGGGUAGACGCCGACAGCUUCGACGCCUCGAAACAUGGCGUCAAGUGGCGAUCCUCUCGAGACGCGAGGCGGGCAUGUGCCGGCGCCUGCACCGUCUGGGGCAACGCGAUAAAACAGUUCACUUGCACUCCCUCUUGUCUGGCGCUAUUUCGGCAUGGCACGUCCAUGGCCGGGUGGAUCAUGCCCUGAUGCAUCUCAAAUGGGCUUCCAGGCGUGCAGCGGAACGCAGGAAGGUGCACUCCGCUGGUGGCUACAACAUCCAAGCCGAGUUACGCGAACAGUUCAGGGAGCAGGAGCAGGGACGAGUGGUGACCCCUCAGCAGCUUGAUGACUUCCACUUGGCGUGGCAGGAAAAGCCAGGAUGCCCCUGCCCUGAGGCUUUGCCGUCGCUACUGGAAGUGGAGCAUCUCUGCCGACGACAGCGCCCUACUAAAGCUCCAGGGCCGGAUGGCAUUAGAAACGGGGUAUGGUCUCACCAACCCGCCCUUGCCAGCCGCUGGCUUUGGCAACUGCACGCGAAGAUUACUUUGCGAGGAAAGGAGCCAUCUGGCUUCAAGCACGCUCUUGCGUGCGCCCUUUACAAGAAAGGGCCGGCAGCGAUCCCCAGCAAUUAUCGCUCCAUUGUUCUCCUUAACGGCGUGGCGAAAAUUUGGCAUGGCCACAUCCGCAACACAAUAGGUCGGAAGGUGGUCAACGCCUAUCAGCCGCUCCAGCUCGGAGGACGCCCUGGCAUGCAUGUGGGAUAUGCUCUCACUGCCUACCGAGCUGCAGCAGGCCUUACCCUGGCAGCCCAGCACUCCUUGAUUGCUCUUUUCGUGGACGUGCAGGCCGCUUUCUAUGAGGUUGACCGGGAGCUCCUUUUCGGGGAUUCGCGACAACUGCAGCCGCGUGUUGACCAAAUCCUUCCCUGGGCCCAACAUCUCUUGGACGGUGGCGCCCUUGGGCAGUUGGGGUUGGAUGCCGCUGACCGGGCGCUGCUGCAAGACUGUGUCAGCGGCUCCAGUUGGCUGCUGCGUGGAGAUAGAUUGCCGGUCUUGGCCUCACGGGGCAGCCGUCCGGGCGAUGGAUUGGCUGACGUCCUCUUCGGAGCGAUCAUGACCUGCAUCAUUGCCUGUCUUAGCAAUGAGUUGGGGAAACAUGGCGUUGCUCACCACAACCUCGCGGUUGCCUGUGCUGAUGAGGUAGAGGAGCCAUGCCCCAUUGCAUGGGCAGAUGACCUCGUCUUGCUCGCUGAUGUGCCAGAGGCGGGGCUCCUGCCCUCGACCUUGCGAUGCAUGGGCAGCAUUACGCUUGAGGUCUUUCAACAGUUCCGACUCCGGGUCAAUGUGUCGGCUGGGAAGACGGAGGCCAGCGCCACGAGGGUCUAUGAGGAACGCUGCGAGAUAUUGAGCAAGCCAUUGGCCGUGGCAGGGGAGCUGAAGUCGCUGCUGGGCCGUUGCUCACCAGGUCGCGCCUUCCAUGGAGAAUCAGGGAAGGAUGGAUUGCAGGCCGAAUCCUACCGGCCACUUAUGCUUGCCUGGCCACUUCCCUUGCGCCAGGAGGGGCACCACGCAUGCCAGAAAGCCCUGGAGGUGCUUGUGCCUGUGACUUCGCCAACAGAGGCCCUUCUUGUGGCGAGAUGCAGACUGGUCGUGCAGCUAUGUGUGUCUGCUCCUGAACGAGUGUGGGACAUGUUCGAGGCCGCCCUGAUGCGGGAUGUGCCCUGGGCGCGCGACCUGCUGUACGCGACCAGGCAGGUCUGGCGCAGCACAUACAUCCCUGGUGAGCUCAUCACGGGCGGCUUCCGCCAAGCAGUUCGCACAAAUUCUCGCGCUCUUCUCAAGGCCUGCAAACGGGUCAGUCAGCAUGGCACCCUACUGCGUGCCCUAAAGGCACACUGGGCCACGAACAAGGAGAGCCUUGCUCACUCGCAACCGCUGGUGGAGGCCCGGGCACGACCGCCUCCGGCGUGGAAAUGCCAUGUUUGUCCGGAAACUCGGCCCACGAAGCAUGCCUUGUCUGUGCAUUUGCACCGCACGCAUGGAGUGGUGUCGGAGAGCAUGUCCUUCAUCGUCGACACCGUCUGCCGCUGGUGCUUGCGCGACUUUCACUCCACUACACGUCUGAGGUACCACAUCGAACACACCCCACGGUGCAGAUGUGGGCUUCGUCACGUGGUCGGGCCAAUCUACGUGGCGGGCACAGCCACGAAGCGAGUGGGGGCGGCGGGCCACCUCAGAGCGGCUGAUGAAGACCGCUAUGCCACGGAGGCUGAACUCCAGGCCGAGUUACAGCGCUGGGUUGAGCUUGAGGCUGCUGCCGGAGACACUGUACCUCAGGGCCCCCCCAGCCAGAACCUCCUGUCCUGCGUUAUCAUCACUGCUAAUGGUAUCAUACAUGCACUCACGCCGGCCUUUGCUCCUGAUAGCGAGACCUUCCGCUUCCUGCGUGGCGAAUUCCCUGAGCUCGCUUCCCUGACUAUGCGCCGCAUGCGGUAUGCGCUUACUGACCUGCCGCCGACGCAGUUCCUAGCCUUCCGCCGUGAGGAACUCGGAAGGCAUUCCUUGGUAGUUGACCUCCGUGCAUUGGACCUUGGACUGCUUACUCUCACAGUACCCAGAUACAUAUCGUGCAGCCAAAUCCUCGACGUCACUGCGAGAGACCAUGCUCGCAUCCUGGACACGGCAGCCAUGCAUGAACAUGUGAUGUCUGGAGAUUAUAUCUGUUUGCUCCAUGAUCAAGCCGUCGGGCCUGAUGUCAUGCUUGACGUGGCUGGCUUUGAUCUGCUACGAGCUUAUCGACACACACUAGUCGAGGUGCCCAUUGGGAGUGACUCUGAAAAUGCUGCCUCGCGGGGAGCCUCCUUGGCAAAAGCCCUACUCAUUGCAGCAGCGCCGCUACGGGGACCUGUCGGCUCUAUGUGCCUACUGCUUGUGGUAGGUGCCAGCCAAGCACUUGCAGGACGCGCUGCUAGUGCCCCACCACAUCGCAGUGGACGGUUACAGCGGGUGCCAGCUCCCCCCUGCAACCUGCCCAACAAGGCCUCGCAGGCCACCCAUGCGGCAAUUCAGCGAGAGCUGCUGGCCUCUGGCAGGCUUCUCACGCCCGUUAUCAGUCCUAGCCCCCUCGGCAAUGACGACCCACGUGAAGUCACAUUCAAGCUGUGGCACCCUGGGAGGGUCCUUACCCGGUGCUACCCGGCGCAAUGGCCGUGGUUUGAUGUGCACGCUGACCUCCUUGAGACUGUAUCCGCCCUAGGCAGGUAUGUCGUCCUGCCUGCUGCCGCGACACCGGACCAUAGAGCUGUGCAUAUGGUCGCUAUCUCCAGUGCAGACACGCAUAGCACCAUUCUGGUGGCACGGGCAGGAUCGUGGAAAUGCCUCGAUGUUGACUGGCGCAAUCCUGCAGCUGAUAUUCAUGCAUGGGUGGAAAGCUCGGAUGGUACCCAUUCCUACCGCAUUGACUGUGCGCACCGGGGGCGCAUGCGGCAUGGCGAUGUCUGUGUGGUUGUUGAUACCUUUCAAUCAGCUUCACCCACACUUCUGGAUAUUAGCACUCUCUCUCUGACGAUGCCAGUAGGGUGCUCUUGGACGCGCACUAUAGGCAGGCAGGUCUUUCCCUUGCUGCAAGCCGGCCAACCACAUCUUUGGCUGCCACGCGUGCAAGGCGUGACAGCACGUGACACUGCCAUGGAUAUGCUGCACACUCUUCGGUCGCCAAACCCCGAAACUACCCAUCUGCUCGAUGUGCCGCCAUAUCUUUUAGGCCUUCCGGGUCCUAUUCUUCUCGCGGCCCCUAGAGGUGGGAUGUGCACCCUUGUCUGGUUGCAUGACUGUCACGAAUGUGUUCCACACGGUGUGGCAUUCGCCGUGGAAGGGGUGUUCCCAAACCGCGCUGACCUUCUCUACGCGCUGCGUGAGCUACCGGGAGCCACGGCUACAAUAUGGCUCCGGGCAACGGAAAUGUUUCUCCUUUGGGGGCCCUCCGAAUCCUUGCACUCUGCCGAUAAUGAGGCUGUUGUAGCUGAGAUUGUGACAGCUAGCGUUGACAUGCGACUGCUGCUGUCGCAUAGCCGCACAGACUCCCUCUCUUCUGCGCCACACAUGGGAGCGCAGGGGAUGGCAUCCAUGCCGGGUCCCCAGGAAGCCAGGAGUAGUCAGAUUUCUUCCCUGGAUUCCUCGCUCGCUGACCCAUGCAUCCCGACCCUGGGUAUCCCCGACGAAGGCACCUUGCAUGUUGUGUACUGUGGUUCGAUCCAGACCAGCUGUGUGGUACCCUGUCCUAGCCGGAGGAUGCCAUGGGCUCUCAUCAUUGGAGAUGAAAUUAGGACGGCCUGUACUGAUCAAACCUCCUGGGCUGAGGUAGCCACCGUAGCAGAUCUCUCAGUCUUGGACUUGCAAGGGGUGGCCGUUGUCCUUGAUGGGUUCCGCUGGAUGUGGCCAGAACCCAUUACUCAUCUUGGGCACGCCUGCGGCACGCUUCUCCGGCGCACUCCGAACAAGGAUUCCCGCUGCUAUGUGGAGAGUGAGCACACUCUUCCGCCCUCACCGCUGCAAGCAAGGAGCUCAUGCGGUGGCAUGAGGCUUGCUAAGUGGGCUCAACUAGUUGCUUGGACUGCUAGUGCACCUUGCACCGGCCGUUGGCUACCUAUUGCACUUCUUGUCAACGCUGCUAUGGCCAUGGUAGUGCCAGUCGACCCUACUGCUGCACGUCCGCCUCUCAUGUGUGUCCCUCCUCCUGGGUUCCUCCUUUUCGUUGAUGUGCUUAACUGCUUCCUCCAGCACCCACCGGCAGAGGGUACCCUCUUGCGGAUAUGGCGCCCCUGUAGGGGUCCGGCCGUUUACCAGUUCCGACAACAAGUUGACCUUGACAAUCUGAGUACCUGGUUGCGUGAGCAGGGAUGCCGGCCUACCCGUGAUGUGUUCCACCUCGCGCAUGACUCUGGCCCAGAUGCCAUUGACUUGCUUUGCACCCCGCCGGCCUCUGGAGCUUGGUGGAUAUUGCGAGAUGGCAGUCACCGUGAGCUGCUCAGACCCGUCUGUCAGCUGCCGGACAUCUCGGAACAAUUGGUCACGAUUGAUGAAGGAGGUCAGGCACAUCGUCUGAUUUGCGGAGGUCAGGCCGACCUCCGGCCAGAGCUUCUCCCGGGUAAGCGGGCAGCGAUUGGACGCAGCGUCCCUAACUGGUAUGGCGCCUUAGCUGGCACUGGACUGAUGAUGUUUUCGACGUCUGCUUGCUGGCGCUUGGCGCCGGUCAUGCUGGCCACUAUCAUAGUCGUGCAGCCUGUGAGCGGGCAGACUAUUCCAGCCAGUCAUCCCCGCAGAGUCUGGACCUUCGGACUGCCUGAGCCUGUGGACCUUCCGACGACAGCACGGACGGUCACAGAUGCUCGUCUAGUUCUUGUUCGGGCCCAUCUCCCUAGGCAGCUUGAUAAUGAUGGGAAGCUUCUGGAAGUCUCCCCCCCCCUGAUACAAGGGGUUCAGCACUGGCUAUAUGUGCCUAGGACUAGAGUGGGGACAUACACUUACUUGCUCAUGCAGUGGCAUAGGCAGGCGGCAGUCUUCGAGAGUCGGUCUAACCCAUUGGACUGGGAUGCCCUGUUCCAGUGGGCCACAUCUGUCUUCACCCUAGAACAGCCGCUUGCACAAAAGUUUGUCCUGGUCCUCGACAAACAGAUUUUUCGUUUCGGCACCAUCGUGAGUGGUCUCCGACACGGACAGCUUCUGGCAAUUGGGGAGCAUACACCAUCGCGCAGCCCGAUGCGCUACCUCAAUCCCUGGGGUGAAGAAGAAGAACUGCCUGAGAUUGUCCGCAGUGACUGGGGAGACACUCUCCUCACUGGGCCCGGUGGCCAGAUUUCUCUGCGCCCGGAAGGACCGGCUUUCCUGACGGCCACGGCGGGACGAAGUGAGGCUACAUCCCCGGCAGUCGCACACAGCUCUUGUCAAACUCCCCUCUCGCUGCCCCCUAAUAACACCUCUCUUCUCGCUUGGGAGGCGGCUACCCACCAGCUUGGGGAAGUUCUACGACUGCUGCGACCGCGGACCCAGGGCUACGCAUUCCACCCUCAAUGUAGCGCAGAGAGCGGAGUGCCUGUCAGCACGACAACCCUGGGCAUCUCUCCACAAGGCCCGGUCACCCUGCCAGACGGGGCUGAACAUGGAAGCAGCGCUCGGUCGGAACCUCAGGCCUCUGCAGGGUAUCGUACCCCGCUACUUCUCCUCUCACUGGUGCACCGGCGUGGCCUUUGGGUGAUGCUUCUUCUCGGUAACCUCCUGACCUGUGGGGUAGAAGCGCCGCCGGCACCUGUCGGAGUAGAACAGGCUCUCGUUAGUGCUACAGGAGCAUCGAGUCCAGGGGGGGGGCAUACCGAACACGCCCAUUGCAAUGUCACGCUACCGCUGUACGGCAAUACCCUGUCAUGGUCCGUGAGGGAUGCCUCCCCAGAGCAGCACGGAGCCCUGCAGGCUCAGCUCAGUACUGUGUGGCAGGCUCGAGCUGGAGGCAGACGCGUCGAGGAAUCACCCUCCUGGCAGAGGACUGCAGGGAAGUUCCUCAUUCACUCCCCGGCUGUGCCAAGGCAGCCGCUAACAGGUCGGUUUCUGCUCACCGAAGAUUGUCUUAAUGAGCUAUAUGACAUCUCCGAAAUUUGGAGAAGACAAGCCCAGGUCGAUGCUGUCAUACCGUUGUCACCACAGCCCACCCGAAGCGCCAUCCACCUGACUACCUGUGAGCCGGAGUCCGACCGAGCGUCUGUUGUGUUAUGGUGGGAUGGGAUGUUGUGGCCAAGGAAGCUCCCCAGACAAUGCCCCGCUGAAUGGCUACGCAACUACUGCAUCCUUGGUACGGUGGGCCUCAUCCCGCCCCCUGUGGGCGUACAGGCUCAACCCACUGUGCCUUUCAGAGACGGAGACUGCGUCCCCUUUUGGGUCUGUCCACAGGCUCAGCUUGAAGACAUUGAGAUCUCCCUAGCUGGCUGUCCCCGGAGCCUAAGGCUUUCUUGGGUUCUCCAGCUACUUCUAGCUUGCCCACGAGGCUACCUCUGUGCCUUGUUCAUUCUUGCGGUGGGGCUACCUGGCCCUGCCGGGGCGAUGAUGACCAGUCAAAACCUAGCUCCAGAACACGUCCCCCACAUGUCUUGUUGGCGACACGGCAAUACCAGGGACCUGGAUAAAGCCCGCGGGGGCUUUCCGAAUCACAGAGCACUCUCCAUGGAAAUUUUAAGGACGCAGGCGCCAAGCGCUGCCACACAUCUGGUAUGGCGACGCAACAGCCUGGCCAUGUGCCUACGCAUGUGUUCAUGCACCCCGCCUGCUGUGGCGGAGAUGGCCCUUCUGGCCGGGCUGCCUUCUUCUUGCCAUAGCUCUGUUGUGUUGGAUGGCGCGCCACCUGACAUUGAAGCUGUCCAUUGGAAAUUAGUCCCAGAAACUGAUGCCUCACCUUCACGGCACUUGGGCCGGUGGCUGUUCAGCAUUGCCUUGGGGGUCUCAUCGGGUUGGAGGGUCUCCCUCCUUUCAAGUGUGAUCGUUAUGCACUUAACCCCUACACUAGUCAGGCCCAUGACGCUUCGCCAGGCCGCGGAACCUGUUCGGGUAGGGGCAUUUCCAUGGCAUGUGGCCAUCCCUGCGCGGACGGUUAGCAGUCUCUCUGAGACGGGGCCCAUCCUGGUGCACCUGCUCAGCCCCUUUCGGGGCAUGGGGGACACGCACGAAAUUAGCCGAAGCUGCGACUGGUCAUGGCUAGUGCGCCUCUUAUAUGCUGAGGAACCUAGAUGGGGGCACCAACUAGUGCCAGUUUGGCCCAACACUGUCGCCAACACCUUGACCCUCGUCCCAGUUCCACCGGACAACUCCUUGGUUUGUGUGGUUGUGGUGGCGUCAACAUGGAGGCUGAGCCUGUGCAUCCCGCAAGUUGCUCGGCUGGAGUGGGUGCAGGAAGCUAUAAGUCACCGAGCACCGCAGGCCUUUGGGCAGCUCUUUCCACCCCCGCCUCUCGAGGCGCUGCUUGAGCCAAUGCCAUCCUCUGAACUAGAGAGCGAGGUGCAGGCUACACUCCACAUGCGUAGUGGUGACGUUUUCUACGCCUCUCCCCUGGGACAAGCAGGCUCCGCCCGAAGAGGGGGGGAGGUCACGGUGGAAUCCCUCGCCUCCCUCAGACAUGACACUCUUUGGCAACGGUUCUUAGUCAUACCCUUCACCUUUGAAUGCACCAUAUGGCAGCCCGGAAACAGUCCGAGUGUCAUCGAGGUCCCAGCUGGGUCGAGAUGGUUGCCGCACUCCCAGACCUUCGACAGUUUCCCGGAGUUGGGGGCUAGAGGCCAAUGGGUCAUCGCUCCUUGGGCAUGGGGUCAAGGCAUACAUCUGCGGUCAAGGUCGCCCUCCAGGAGCGGUGCCUACAAAACACUGAAGCCACGGGUCGUUGAGGUCGGCUUGGUCCAUCACCCAACCUCGCCUAGAUGGCGUCCUGCCGAACACACGGUCAACUUGGGCGGCUUUCCAUGGAUCCAAACACUGUGCCCCGUUAUGGGGGCGGCGGCUCCUUUGCGGCCACAUCCGCAUAUGCCACAGCAGGACAUCUACCAACUGGUGCGAGCCACCAUGCAGGACUGGCCGGAACCUCUUGUCCCUGUCUGGCCAGCACUGAGCAUGGGAGCUCUACAUCUCGUACCCUGCCCCCCGCCCCCCCUUCUGUGCGUUGCGGUUGUCAAAGGCGGAGAGGUGCAAGCGCGAUUACUGUUGCGGGAUAUGCCAUGCCGACUAGUUCCUGACGCCCUCGGGAUCGGUACGGACUAUGCGGGGCCCCUCACAGCCGCGCCUUCCUUUCUUUCUUCUUCCAACACCCGUCUCCGACAUGGAGACCUCAUUUGUGCGAGGCCAAUGGCUAACUAUCGGGUCCCUCCGGCCAUGCCCAUACAUCUAACGCCAUCCCAGGCCCGCCACCACGCUCUCUGGCAGCUCCCAUUUGUCAUUUCGCAAACUGGGCGAGUCACCAUGUGGCGCCCAGGAGCACCGGCGCGCACCGUGGACACACCUGUUGGGUUCACGUGGAAGCCUGCUGCCUGUUGCUUCGCGGGCGACUGGGUAGGACAAGGGGAGCAAUGGGCACCUGUGCCAUGGAUCCCCGCACCUGGGCUUCAUCUGUGUUUACGUAGCCCGAGCCAUCUCUAUGCUCAUGUUAUCUUCUGGGGUGCUAGCCCAAUCUGCCAGAGGGUUUCAGUCCGGGCCAUGGACACCCUCGACAACUCCCAUCUGGUGCGCGGGGUCGCCGGGUUGGCUCCGUCUGAAAUCUCACUCCGGGAUGGCGAUAUCAUCGAGCCCUCCGUUCCGUACGCGGGGCAGUCGACUACGGAGUUGCAAGCCCGACCUUUCUGGCUGACUCUGCUUCUUGGUAGGUGGGUUUUAUGCCGUGCUACUGGUGCGCCUUCCGGGUGGAUCGGCAUUGCUGCUGUCCUCUACGUCCUCACGCAAUGCCAAGCUGGGGGUGUGCCCCAUGGCAAGCUUCAGAUCACUGUCCCUUCCGAAGCACAGUGGAGAGGGCAAGGCUACAGGGCUAACCUCUCGGCUGCGGGCCUUGUAGGACCGCUAAGCCGAUGCCAAAGUUCCACCCCAUACGCCUAUUGGGAUGCCAGGCAGAUUUUCACGCAAUGCUGGAGCUGUUACCUCUGCCCUCGCGGAGCACCGGAACUGGUUUGGCGCCAGAGCGAAGAUCGGAUCUGGGAGGCGGACCUUACACCCGUCGGGCAACUACAGGAGUUCCUUUAUGAAUACUGGAUGGCUGAGGACCUGCCACUGGACCUCCCUAGUGCGGUCCGCCCUCACCUGCGGGCUGCGUGGGAUGCAUACCCGAAAUGGACCCAUGGUGUCCCGGAUCAGCUCCUUCUGGCCACGGAUGGGUCGGGGGCCGGUUCUGGGGCCUGGGCUUUCACCGCGUGGGCCGCUUUCCGUGGUUCCUGGUUCAGAGUCGGCUGGGAACAUGGCAAGUUGCACGCAGCUGGGCUCCCAUCUGAGGUUCCCCCCGUUCUACGCUCCUAUGUUGCUGAGCUUAUGGCACUUCAAACAGCAGCUCUUUGGGCAUCCGUAUGGGUGGAUGCCAACCGGGCUGCUUGGGGAGGUGUGCCCUCACGGGUUGUGGCUGCAGUCGACAACCAGGCCGCCCUCAUGGUGGCUGCAGGCCAUGCAACUGCCUCCUCCGUAUGGGCAAAAGAUGCCAGAGUGGCCUGGCAGGCCCUUCAAUCACGGGUUAGCACCGACCUCGUACAUGUGCCAGGUCACGCGGGGUAUAUCGUCAAUGAGCUGGCUGAUAGCUUGGCUGGCCUAGCCGCGGCUGGUGGACCUAGUGGACCGGAUAGGGGCAGAGAGCCCCCCCAGUUUUCGGAUCACUGGGUGAAACACGCCCAGCACCUGUGGCUUGUGCCAUAUGGGACACUACUUACCAGCACUUGCCUCGUUCUUCGUGUCGUGGUUGCGCCUGACCCGCCGCCCAACUCGGGCAUCCCAGACACACCAGGCGAGCCGGAUGUAAGUGAGACGGGGUCCCCCUCGCCGGUUACAAUCUUCUCCCGCGUCAUUCAGGCGAAUGUCCAAACCUUGAAGGAUGUCGUCCCGCAUUUCUUCAAUAAAGCCGGCACAGGACAACGACGGGCCUACUUGGUCAAGCAGUUAGACCAUCUGAAGGUCGACGUCGCCACUCUCCAAGAAUGCCGCUCUCGUGCAGGGAGGUGGAUGUCCGGCAACUUCCUCACGUGGCGCUCCGGCGCGGACAAGGCCGGCCAAUACGGCUGUGAAAUCUGGGUUAGGGACAGCUGGGUGCCCGGCUGCUCAACUCUUGAUGCUUGGACGAUAGUGCACUCUGCCCCCCGCCUGCUGAUCAUCCAAUCAAUGCGGUUACCUGUGCCUAUCUGCAUUCUGUCGGCACAUGCGCCACAUGCAGAUCGCCCCCGUUCCGAAAUUGUGGCCUUCUGGGGUGACUUGCGGACACGCUUGGCUAGAUUGCCCCCUACGGCAGCCAUUUGGCUGGGUCUUGAUGCAAAUGCGGACUUUGCAGUUGCUGAUACGAAUGGCCACAACAUUGGCACCUUGGUUUCCGUUCAUGAGCCUAGAGUUGGGGAUGACAAACUUGCUCACAUUUGUCGAGAAGCGUGCCUGGUCGCAGUGUCUACCUUCUCACAUAUACAUCAAGGGCACACCUGGACGUGGCAGCACUCCAGCGGGCUGCGCAAACGCCUGGAUCACAUCCUGAUUUCCGAAGAAGCUUGGAACAUCUCCAUGACGCGACCGUUUCCGGACUUCGAUGUGCUCCUAGGCCCACGUGACCACAUGCCACUUAUGGCGGAGGGGACCUUGACCCUCGCGGCGCCUACAGUCGAGCGGGCGCCUCGGCUGUGCACACCCACAGAAUGCGCUCGAAUGGCUCCAGCCCUGUGGGGCUCGGUUGGAUCAUGGACGGAGACACUAUCCCUGCCCCCUCAAGUUCAAGUCGAGACAUUUGUUGCGAGAUAUCAGGCUCUCUGCCGACAAUUGCCUCGCAGACCCCGAGCGCAUCCCAAGCAACCCUAUCUCAGUGAGGAGGCUUGGCGACUCCUGUGCUCCCUCAAGCAGCUGAGACAGGACAAGGUCCAGGCCAAGGCCCGAGCUCGGCUAGCAUGGCUGAGACAAUGUUGGCAGGCGUGGAAGGGUAGACGCCGACAGCUUCGACGCCUCGAAACAUGGCGUCAAGUGGCGAUCCUCUCGAGACGCGAGGCGGGCAUGUGCCGGCGCCUGCACCGUCUGGGGCAACGCGAUAAAACAGUUCACUUGCACUCCCUCUUGUCUGGCGCUAUUUCGGCAUGGCACGUCCAUGGCCGGGUGGAUCAUGCCCUGAUGCAUCUCAAAUGGGCUUCCAGGCGUGCAGCGGAACGCAGGAAGGUGCACUCCGCUGGUGGCUACAACAUCCAAGCCGAGUUACGCGAACAGUUCAGGGAGCAGGAGCAGGGACGAGUGGUGACCCCUCAGCAGCUUGAUGACUUCCACUUGGCGUGGCAGGAAAAGCCAGGAUGCCCCUGCCCUGAGGCUUUGCCGUCGCUACUGGAAGUGGAGCAUCUCUGCCGACGACAGCGCCCUACUAAAGCUCCAGGGCCGGAUGGCAUUAGAAACGGGGUAUGGUCUCACCAACCCGCCCUUGCCAGCCGCUGGCUUUGGCAACUGCACGCGAAGAUUACUUUGCGAGGAAAGGAGCCAUCUGGCUUCAAGCACGCUCUUGCGUGCGCCCUUUACAAGAAAGGGCCGGCAGCGAUCCCCAGCAAUUAUCGCUCCAUUGUUCUCCUUAACGGCGUGGCGAAAAUUUGGCAUGGCCACAUCCGCAACACAAUAGGUCGGAAGGUGGUCAACGCCUAUCAGCCGCUCCAGCUCGGAGGACGCCCUGGCAUGCAUGUGGGAUAUGCUCUCACUGCCUACCGAGCUGCAGCAGGCCUUACCCUGGCAGCCCAGCACUCCUUGAUUGCUCUUUUCGUGGACGUGCAGGCCGCUUUCUAUGAGGUUGACCGGGAGCUCCUUUUCGGGGAUUCGCGACAACUGCAGCCGCGUGUUGACCAAAUCCUUCCCUGGGCCCAACAUCUCUUGGACGGUGGCGCCCUUGGGCAGUUGGGGUUGGAUGCCGCUGACCGGGCGCUGCUGCAAGACUGUGUCAGCGGCUCCAGUUGGCUGCUGCGUGGAGAUAGAUUGCCGGUCUUGGCCUCACGGGGCAGCCGUCCGGGCGAUGGAUUGGCUGACGUCCUCUUCGGAGCGAUCAUGACCUGCAUCAUUGCCUGUCUUAGCAAUGAGUUGGGGAAACAUGGCGUUGCUCACCACAACCUCGCGGUUGCCUGUGCUGAUGAGGUAGAGGAGCCAUGCCCCAUUGCAUGGGCAGAUGACCUCGUCUUGCUCGCUGAUGUGCCAGAGGCGGGGCUCCUGCCCUCGACCUUGCGAUGCAUGGGCAGCAUUACGCUUGAGGUCUUUCAACAGUUCCGACUCCGGGUCAAUGUGUCGGCUGGGAAGACGGAGGCCAGCGCCACGAGGGUCUAUGAGGAACGCUGCUGCAAGGGGAUGCCAUCGUCCAAUUGGAUGCUAAAGCCAUAA